CAGAGCCAUAUAAGUGACGGCUUGCGAACAAUAAUUAUUGAGACUUGUUAGCAUCUUUUUGCAAUAUUGUUAGUCUUUAUUUUAUUGCUUUUAAAAUACAUUUAAAUAUAUAAACGCUUCUUUAUAGGUAAAUACUAUUUAAAUUUAACGCAAUGAAGAGGAGUUACGACUCAAUGAGUUCUUCUGUUGAAAUUAGUUCAUAUCGAGAUCAACAUUUUAAGGGAUCCAGAAGCGAACAAGAAAAGUUACUACGCGCGUCGUCUACACUCUAUAUUGGAAAUUUAUCAUUUUAUACUACAGAGGAACAAAUUUACGAAUUAUUCUCACGUUGUGGCGAUAUAAGAAGAGUUAUUAUGGGAUUAGAUAAAUAUAAGAAAACUCCUUGUGGUUUCUGUUUCGUAGAAUAUUACACAAGACAAGAUUCAGAGAAUUGUAUGAGAUAUAUAAAUGGCACAAGACUGGAUGAUAGAAUUAUUAGAUGUGACUGGGAUGCUGGAUUUAUUGAAGGACGCCAAUAUGGACGAGGGAAAACAGGUGGACAGGUUCGUGACGAAUAUCGUACGGACUACGACGGUGGACGCGGCGGCUAUGGAAAAAUAAUUGCCCAGAAGAUAACACCAAAUACUUUAGAACGUUGAUGUUCCUUUUAAGUGAGCUAUCUGGAGCUAAAUAUGAAAGACUGUAACGGUAAAAAACAUUCAAUUGAUCUGGAUGGAAAUAGCAUGUUGUAAUAACAUUUUAAUUUUAAGUAAAUUCUAUUGUUUGAAAUGACCUUUAAUUUUAUCUUUCACGUCAUACCAUUAAAUAGUCUUAAAACCAUUAACUUCAAUAUUCUAGUGUUCUUCUGUUUUUAUAUACUUAAUUUAAAAUUAUUAUUUAUAAACUUAAAUUUUAAUGGAUGGAAAAAUGACAACAAUAACUAAGGUUUUUUUUUACUUCUGAUAGAAAAGCAUACAGUUAAAGCGUAAUACAAUGUUAGUUACACUUAUUUAAUAAAAUACAACUAUUCAUAAGUUGAAAUUAAGUAACAAUGUUUAAAUAGCGACUGUAAAAAUAUAAAUACAACAUUGAUAAGACUUAUGAAACAAUAAACUUUUGUAUAAAUAAAUAAACAUUU